AAGUACGUGAAUACACAAAUUGGGAUUGUAACAAAGUACCCACUCCAUACAUAUUUCCACAAGGCUAAACCCUGAGCGCGUUUAUGCGCGGAAACACGGCAUGUCAGUGUCACCUGUAUCGAUCAACGCACGUUAUGCAAAAAGGAAACACAAUUAGCGCUCCCUAACCAUAGCAGUGAGUAUUUCCCUGAAAUCUACUUUCGGUUCAACGGAAUAGCGGCUGCCACAAGUAUGGAUGGUGAUUUUGGGAUAACAGCUCAACGUGGGCAAGGAAGUAUCAGCAGAUCACAAAGAAAUGCAUGGGGAGGAAUCAUGGUUCCUGAAGAGGGGAUUACAUUCAAAGCCAGGCGUGAGGUGGGACACCAAAGAGGUACAACUGUUCACAACCCUGAGGACACAAUCAUCGGAUGUAACCGACGGAUGUUUAAGAAACAGCUUGCAUGUGAUGUCAAGUUUAAGGUCGGGCAGUCAAAGAGGCCGGUAGGUGCCCACAAGUAUGUGCUGAGUUCCAGGAGUGAUGUCUUCUUCACCAUGUUCAAUGGGUCAGUGCCCCAAGGUGCUGACGUGGAUGUUCCUGACAUAGAGCCGGGACCAUUCAAGACUUUCUUACGUUACCUGUACUGUGACGAGGUACUCAUUGACUCAGACAACGUACUCUCCGUCCUCUACUGCUGUAAGAAGUACAACGUCCAGUCUCUGCUGACCAAGUGCGUGGACUUUGUAAAGCAGACGAUGUCUGUCGACAAUGUGUGUUCUUUGUUGGAACAAGCUCACUUCUUUGACGAGCAGCAGUUGUACCAGAGUUGUCUCUCCUUCAUUCACCAACAGGGGGCUACUGUGUUGCAAACAGACGGAUUCCAUGAGCUCUCGCGGGCAUGCGUCUUAGAUGUCAUUUCCUCCGACUCUUUGGCCUGCCAGGAAAGAAUCGUCUUCGAGGCAAUGCUUCGCUGGGCAGAAGCGGAAUGUAAACGUCAAAGCAAGCAUGUACAAGAUUCUACUAUGAGGGUAGUUCUCGGGGAACUGGUGUUCCAGAUUCGCUUUGGGCUUCUCGACAUGUCAUUUUAUUCCACACAGGUGUCCACUCGCCAGAUACUUGAUGAUGCGGAAAAGCUGGAGCUUUUUCAGGCCAUAUCCGGCACUCCUGUGAGAGGGAUGAAGUUUAAUGGUAAACAGAGAAAUUGUUCCCAAACAUAUGCAUUUUGGCACCGAGAUGUGAGGUACUAAAACAAUUCAACUUCAUAUCAGUAUAUAAGAAAUAACUAAUGUCAUGGCUUUGUGGAGAUAACAUGUAAGUCACUGAUAACGGGACCAAUAACAAGGAAGAUUUUUAAUCCUUCGUUUAAUAUUAUUGCCAUCAAUACAAUAUCAAAAAUCAAUGUUAACAUACCUUUGAUGUUAACAAAAUAACAACAAAACUACAUUUGAACAAAAUAAUAAUUUCCCUCCAAAUUGCCAGUGGCAGUUAUAUUAUUAUGUACCCUCACUUGCGGAUAUAUGGCCUAAUAUUUAUCUGCCCUUGAUUCCCAUGCACUAAGCGGCAGAUUUUUCUGGCGAAUAUAACAUGAGGCGUUUACACGCUCCAGUCGCUUGCAACAAUUGCCAAAACCGUCAUAUGCUCUCUCGUCGCAUUAAUUUAUUCCUGAUAGAAAUGAAUAGCCCUUUUGCCUUAUAGAUUUGGUGAUUUUUUACGUGUUAAAAAGGAAUUGUUUUGUGCUGUAUAUACUAGUCUCUGGUUGAGAAACUAUCAGUGUGUAACAGCUUAUUGAAACAAAAUGUCCCAGUAUUCAACUAAUUCCAUGCCACUUCUACUGAAUGAAUGUAUUUUAAUGUAUUUUUCUUAACCAUGUUUUGUUUUCACUAUUAAUACACAUACACACAUUACUGUUCCAACUUCUAAAUUCCCCUCAAAGACAUAAACCUGUUCGAUCACAUGUAACUGUUAUUUAAAGUGAGUUUCCACCGCUUCUCAUCUUAUCCCUUCUCCUUGGUUGUUCGUGUGGAAGUUCACUGAUGCAAAAUACCUAUUCGGCGUCGCGAGUGGUAAAAAGUAAUGUUAUAUAAAACCUCUUGCCGCACUUAUUUCAAAAAUGUUUUCACGUAGGCAACAUUUCUUUACCUAAAAUUGUAAUCCUUUGCUAUUGGGUUCCAUUGUUCAUUGUCUCAUAGGCCUUUCAUGGCCUGAUGUUGUUUGUAUUUUAUGCAAGUUUUUUUUAUGUCUAAUGUGUACACAUACAACAUGUGACACAUAAAUAAAAUAUU